AUGCUUCUGGAUUUACCGCAGCUGAGGGUGUACACCCGAAAACUGGAAGCAGCAUAUGGUGAAUUCUCCAGUUUUCACAGCCAAAUAGUCGCCCUGUUACACGCCGAUGACCUAACAUCACAAGAGGAAAACUACAUCCGCUUCGUGCAGCUUUACGAUUGGACAUCCGCCAGCAUCGAAGCCCAAAUCAUCGAUCAUCAACAUCCUCCACCACAUCCGCAAGUCAUCGUGCACCAACAGCCGCUGAAAGCGCCAUUCCCGACAUUCGACGGUGAGUACACCAAUUGGCCCAAAUUUAAAGCGAUGUUUCAGGAUUUGAUGGCUCAGUCGCGAGAUUCCGAUGCGAUAAAACUGUACCACCUGGACAAAGCGCUCAUCGGAGCAGCCGCUGGCGUACUGGACGCCAAAACAAUCAAUGAAGGGAAUUACGCACACGCAUGGAGGAUCCUCACCGAAAGAUUUGAAAAUCAACACAUCAUCGUCGAGACUCACAUCCGUGGCAUACUCUCGCUGAGGAAGAUGACAUCCGAAUCUCAUAAGGAACUUCGAAACCUUAUCGACGAGUUCUUGUUGCUCACCGCUGUCGUUCACGUCCUGGAUAACGACCACCAACCCCAAACUUGCCGAGUUCUCCUUGACAGUGGUUCCCAGGUAAAUUUCAUCACCGAUCAGUUGGCCAACACGCUGCGUCUCGAGAAACGAAAGGUCGAAGUUCCAAUUGGUGGCAUCAACGAAAUUAAAACUGUCGCCCGCCAUCUCAUCAAAGUUCACCUCCAAUCACGCUGUAGUGAUUUUCGCACCGAGCUAGAAUGUCUAGUCAUCCCGAAGGUGACUGGUCCGAUCCCAUCAACCAACAUCGAUGUUACCGAUUGGCAUUUCCCCCAUGGUAUCCAACUAGCAGAUCCGAACUUCUUCAAGCCCGACAAAAUCGACCUACUGGCUGGAGCAGCUCUAUUUUUCAACAUUCUCAAGACUGGCCAUCUCAUACUGGAUCCCUGUUUACCCGAACUCCGAGAGUCACACCUUGGUUGGCUUGUGACUGGUACCCUGACAUCGGAAUCCAACUAUGAGUCUAUCCAAUAUGCCCAACUAGCCUCGGUGGAAUCCAUCGAAAACUCCAUCACCAGAUUCUGGGAACUCGAAGAAGUUACAACCGCUCCGAAAACAACAGCCGAAGAGCAGCAAUGUGAGGAACAUUUUAUUGCCAUCCACACUCGUGAUGUUUCCGGUAGGUACACCGUUCGAUCGCCGUUGGAACCAAAUGCCGACAAGCUGGACAGCAGCCGAAAUCUAGCAUUGAAAAGGUUUUUCAUACUGGAAAAUCGUUUGCAACGAAAUCCCGAACUGUGGUCACAUUAUGUUGAAUUCAUUCGUGAAUACCAACUACUGGGUCACUGCCAAACAAUCAACGAAGCCGACGACCCGCCCCAGCGUGGGAAAUAUUAUCUUCCACAUCACGCUGUACCUCUCCCCAGCAGCACCACCACAAAGUGCAGAGUGGUGUUCGAUGGAAAAUCAUCCCCGUCUGAUCUUUCCCUGAACAACGUCCUCACCGUCGGCCUAGUGGUUCAAAACGACUUGUUUAGCAUUAUGCUAAGGUUCCGCAAACAUCGUUACGUUCUUACGGCUGACAUCGCCAAAAUGUACCGACUAGUACGAGUGCAUCCCGACGACACUGGCUAUCAACGUAUUUUCUGGAGAGAAAACCCGAAACACCCCCUGCAAGUUCUAGAGUUGACAACCGUCACCUAUGGGACCGCAUCAGCUCCGUUUCAAGCAACCAGGUGCUUGAUACAACUCGCCGACGACGAGGGAGACAAGUUUCCCAAAGUUGCUGACAUUUUAAGACAUGAUUGCUAUGUUGACGAUAUCAUGUCUGGUUCCGACAACAUCGACGAGGUGAUUGAAAUCCAACGACAACUGAAGGCCAUUCUGCUGAAGGGUGGUUUUCCUGUCCACAAAUGGUGCUCCAACUCAACCCAAUUGCUCGACCACAUCCCGGUGAAUGAACAAGAAACCACCAAACGUUACGACGAACUCAACAUCAAUGAAGCGAUUAAAGUCCUAGGCGUACUGUGGGUGCCUAGUACUGAUCAACUUUUGAUUGCCCGAAAUACUCCCCCGACAGUAAACGAAAAGCAGCCCACCACGAAACGAAUUGUGUGUUCAGAAAUCGCCAAAUUGUUCGAUCCAUUGGGAUUGAUAUCACCAACCAUCGUUAUCGCCAAACUCCUAGUUCAACAACUUUGGCGAAGGAAGUUGGGUUGGGACGAUCACCUCGACAACGACAGCCUCAAGAAUUGGAACGAGCUCCGAGAGUCACUGUCUCACCUGAACGAAGUUGUUAUCCCCUGUCAAGUGACAUUCAGCAACGCUGUGGCUUAUGAGCUGCAUGGUUUCGCCGACGCUUCUAUGGUAGCAUAUGGUGCAUGUGUCUACAUUCGAAGCAUUUUCCCCGAUGGUUCCUGUAAGUGGGAUUACGUUCCAUCGCAGUUCAAUCCAGCCGAUAUUGUGUCGAGAGGCCAACUGCCGUUCCCGCUGAGCCAAAAUACGACGUGGUGGGAAGGCCCACAAUUCCUGACCGAAGCAACUUUCAUCGAAGAGCGCCCAGAAGACAUCCCCGAUGAUGAAUUGCCGGAGUUAAAAGUCAACUUGGCUGCAAUUAUCGCCGGGGUGUUGAGGUAUCUGAACAACCGCCGCAAGCCAAAAGAGGAACGUGUGUUGCAUCCGCAUUUGACUAUCGACGAGCUUCGAAAUUCCAUGUUGGUCAUCGUUCGUGUCAUUCAACGUUUGGAAUUUGACGACGAAAUCAAACGAGUCCGAAAAGGUGUCCCAUGCAAACGAUUAGCAGCUCUCAAUCCCAUCCUAUCCGACGGUCUUCUUCGAGUUGGUGGUCGACUGAGACAUUCCAACUUGCCCGACGAAUCAAAGCAUCAGCUCAUCCUACCAAACAACAAUCCGGUCACAAAGCUACUGGUCCGAGCUUUGCAUCUUGAGCUUCUCCAUGUGGGUCUGAGUGGGCUCAUCUCAGCGCUUAGACAACGUUUCUGGUUGCUUAACGCCCGUUCAACCGUUCGCAAUGUUACACGGCAAUGCAUCAAGUGUUUCCGUGUGAAUCCAACUAACGUCCAGCAACUGAUGGGUGAAUUGCCAAAGCAGCGUGUGGUGUUUUCCUCGCCGUUCAACAUCACCGGUGUCGAUUAUGCUGGUCCAAUCCGAGGGAAGCAAGGUAAAUAUCGUCCGAAGGUGGUCAAGGCUUACGUCUCGGUGUUCGUGUUCGUUUUCGGUGUUCGUGGCCACAAAAGCAAUCCUCUGGGAUUGGUGUCAGAUUUGAUGACCGAUGCAUUUAUCGCUGCUUUGGAGAGGUUCAUCAGUCGCCGAGGAAUGGUUGCCGAAUUGCAUUCCGAUAAUGCAACCAACUUCAAAGGUGCCAGCAACGAACUCCAUCAAUUGUACCAGCAGUUCCAGGAGCAGCAACAAGCCAACAGAAUCGAGAGGUAUUGCCAGUCGAAAGAAAUUGCUUGGCAUUUCAUCCCGCCAAAUGCUCCCGAGUUCGGUGGUCUUUGGGAGGCCGCUGUAAAGAGCACCAAAUAUCAUCUCAUCGGUACCACUUUGUUGUCCUUCAAAGAAAUGGCCACUCUGUUAUGUAAAAUCGAAGCCAUCCUCAACUCCAGGCCCUUGUAUUCGAUUUCCAACGAUCCUGCUGAUCCGGAGGUGCGGAAGAAAAACACAUCCGUGCAAGACAACAUCAAACCUGGCAUGAUCGUUAUCCUCCAUGAUAACAACCGACCCCCCCUCGAAUGGAAACUUGGUCGCAUCACAGCUGUGUUCCCUGGCGAUGAUAAUUUGGUUCGCGCCGUAGAUGUGUACAGCGAAGGUUCAACUUAUCGGCGUGCUAUCACGAAGAUAUCGCUGCUACCAAUCGAGGACAACAUGUCACCCGCCCCGGCCGGAAUAUGUUCCGUUUCUGACAAUCUGCCAGCACGGAAGAAGCCGACAUAA